AUGUCGGAAGGAUUUAAUCUCGAUGGCUUGUCCGAGGAAGCCAAAAAACUUAUUAGGGGCGAAGGAUUCCCUGUCGUUAGUCAUUCGAUCGAAUUGAAUUACGAUUAUUGGGGAUCUGACGAAAUACUCAAAGCCAUAUUACCCGACGGCAUGGAAGCACCAUCGUCGUUUACCCAGGUCGGUCAUAUUGCUCACAUGAACUUGCGUGAUGAAUUUCUUCCUUGGAAAGAUCUUAUUGGUCAAGUGAUUCUUGAUAAAAACCCAAAGGUCACGACGGUUGUCAACAAAACGGACAACAUUGACUCGACGUAUCGGGUUUUUAACAUGGAAAUUUUAGCGGGCGAAAGUAAUUUGAUAGCAGAAGUGAAAGAAAGUAAUUGUAGAUUUCGAUUCGAUUUUUCACAAGUAUAUUGGAAUUCCAGAUUGCACACUGAACACGAACGUUUGAUUAAGAUGUUUAAGGGCGGGGAUUAUAUAUGCGACGUUUUCGCCGGUGUUGGGCCUUUUUCAAUUCCAAGCGCUAAAAAAGGGUGCAUUGUGUAUGCCAAUGAUUUGAAUCCUGCCUCAUACAACGAAACUCCGGAGAACGAUGUGGUUGAACGGAUAAACUCAGUUUUGGGACAUCCAUUACAGACGGACACUUACCGAGUUCAUUUUGUUAGAAAGGUGUCUCCAAAGAAAGAUAUGUUUUGCGUUAGUUUUCGUUUAAGCAAAGCUGUUGCUUUUGCUCAUGGGAGCGCAAAGCGUAAGCAGGAAACAAUCGAUGUUACUUCGGAUUUAGAUGGUACAAGUGAGGUCGACCCUACUUCAAAAAAACUUAAGUCGGAUGAAUAUGAGACUUCGUAA